AGAACAACCACCUCUUUUGUUUCCUAUAUCUACCUCCAAAUUGGAUAAAUUUGAUUAUCUCCUCUAGUUUGUUUUAUUUUUAUUUAGUAUAAAGAUUUAUUAUUGUAUUUGUUGAGGUUGGUACGAGUUGCUUAGUUGCUUGUUUGAAGUUGUCGCAAAGCAAGAGCUUAGGAUUUGAUAGAUUGUUUGGUAAAAAUUUACUAAAUUGGAUCAGCUGUCGCUGAUAUAUAUUGUUUUCUUAUAGCCUGCAUACAUUCGAUUGUUGCUUUGUUCAUAAGUCUGUUUACUAUGGGUAGCUUGUUGGAUUGGUUGUUUCAUUUUCCUCCUUUACUAUGGGGUUUGGAACAGACGGAGGAUAUUGUGAUUAAAGCUCUUAAGCAUGGUAAAGUUCCUCAACACGUCGCAUUUGUCAUGGAUGGAAAUCGCCGGUGGGCUCGCAAGCACCGUGUAGAGACAAUUGAAGGUCAUAGUCUAGGUUUUGAGGCUCUGAAAAAUCUUCUUCGGGUCUGCCUAAAGAUGGGCGUGAAGGAAGUUUCGGCAUUUGCAUUCUCAAUAGAGAACUUUAAGCGCUCAAAAUACGAAGUUGACGCACUCAUGGAUAUUGUAAAAAAUAGUCUUACUCAAAUUACCGCUCAUGGAGAUAUGGUGGACCAAUACGGCAUUCGGAUUCGUAUUGUUGGCGAUCUAAACCGUUUGAAGCCAGACGUUUACGAAGCUGUUGUCAAAGUCGUUGAAUCAACAAAGAACAAUACCAGAGCUACUUUAAAUGUUUGCUUUCCAUAUACGUCGCGUCAUGAAAUAUCGCACUCCGUACAGAAUAUUGUUCGCUUGGCCGAAGAUGAAAAAAUAGUUCCAGAAGACAUCGAUGAAGGGUUGUUUGAAAAGAAUCUUCUUCUAAACGACAGUCUUCCUCUUGACUGGUUAAUCCGCACCAGUGGUGUUGAACGUCUAUCAGACUUUUUAAUGUGGCAGGUUCAUGAGGAUUCUGAAAUCAGCUUUAUAGACAAUUACUGGCCUGACUUUUCUGUUUGGCGUUUCUUUCCUAUGCUCAUCCGUUAUCAACUCCAGAGUCAACAGGAUGCAUAAUAAAUUAUGAGCAUACCUCUGUGUUUUCUAUUCAUCACUUUAUUUUCUUUCUUUCUUUAAAUCAUAAAUUAAUAAUUAAUAAUAUACUAAUAAUAGUUUUUCCAAA